AUGGACGAAGCAGAUCGCCAGCGUUAUGAGACGCAGUCUAAGGAACUGCGCGUCAAGUUGAAGGACUGGGAGCUGGAAUUCGCAAAAACCCACGGCGGCGCGAAGCCCACCCGUGACGACAUCAAGGCCAACCCAAAGAUUGCCUCUUUCAGCAAGCGAUACCACCGUCUUCGUGACGUCCUCUCCGGCAAGAUCCCGCACGCGCAAGCAGACGACGACAAGAAUGACAAAAAGCGGAAGCCAGCCGCCAGACCAUCCCAUACGCCCUCGUCCAAACGCUUCAGGCCCGCAGAGACACCCUCAUCGAGACAGAACAUACAAGCCGGCCAGUCCACUCCUCAUGGCGCCGCGGCUGCGGCAGUCACCCCGUCCCUGAACCGCAAGCUCUUCAGUCCCGUUGCGCCCACCUCCAUCGGGCCGACACCGCAGCGCGAUGGCCGUGUCCUGGGGCUCUUCGAUCUGCUGCCGUUUAAGGAUGCCGAGAUCGAUUCGCCCUCCAGGCCGAAACGCGCCACCAAGGCCCCGAAUGCUGCGGACGCAGUGCAGGAGACACCACGAAGAGGCAGGACUAUCGACACAGGUGUUGGGAUAGCAAUCGACCUCGACCGAACACCGUCGUCAAGAAGCAGGUUCCAGCAGCAGCAUCAGCAAUCACACCAACUCCAGCAAACCCCCAGGAGGAGCAUCCUCUCCACGCCGCUGAAGGACAGCAGCAACAGGGUGGCAAAGACGCCCAGCAGCUCGCGCUCAGUCUCCAAGCUCCAGUUCCAGACCCCCGCCUUCCUCCGGCGGAUACCCAUGUCCAAGAUCAACGAGAACAGCGAAUUUGCCUCGCCGGAGCCGAUCCGCCUGCCCCGCAAGCCCCUCGCCCGCGGGCUGAGCAGCAUCGUGGCAGACCUCCGCAGGACGCAGGAGGCCCACCUGGAUGAUGACCUGGACGCGUUGCGUGAGCUGGAGAGCGAAGGGGCGCCGCCCGCGGGCCCGGCUCAGAAGCCUAGUGCGACCCCGGCUGUAGAGGCCCAACCACCAGCACCGAGACAAACAGCAGGCGAUGCCCAUACGGAGACCAUCCUGGCCGAGGACAGCCAGAAGCAGAACCUCGGCCUGCUGGGCGGUUUCGACGACGAGGGCAUGUACGACAGCGGGGACGGGGAGGAAGAAGGCCUCGACCGCGACGGCAAGCCGUUGAGGGUGUUCAAGAAGAAGGGCCAGAAGAGGACCACCAGGAAGGCCAACAUGAGGCCGGUGAGGACGAGAAGGCCUGCGGAAGGCCAAGCCACGGAACCCGACAAGGACGACGGCGAGCUCAUCCCGGAAACACAGCUCGCGCCAUCAGCGCCGGCCCAGCUAGGUGCAGACGAGGACCUGGCCCUGCUUUCCGGCUCCGAGUUCGCCGGCUCGGAAUAUGACGACGAUGAAGAUGAGCUGGCGCGAGAUGAGCCGCGGGCAGCAAAGAGGAGCAGCACAGCCCGCAAGACGCAAGCAGCCCCUGCCGCCAAGCAAAAGAAGGGCGGCGGUGGCGACAAGCCCGAGGGCAAGGUCAAGAAGGCGGCGCGCAAGGUCAACGAGCUCGCCCACGCCAACUUCAAGCGCCUUAAGCUGCGGAACUCGGGGUCCAAGGGCGGGCCAGGGUUCAACAGCCGCUUCAGGAGGCGGCGUUGA